AUGUUAUAUUUUAACAACGUAAACUUAGAUCCUCUUACAGAAACAUAUGGUUUAUCAUUUUAUACACAGUACCUAGCUCAUUGGCCGGAGUAUUUUCAAGUUGCAGAAUCACCCAGUGGUGAAAUAAUGGGAUACAUAAUGGGUAAAGCUGAAGGACAUGGAGAAAAUUGGCAUGGUCAUGUAACAGCUUUGACUGUAAGCCCGGAUUAUAGAAGAUUAGGUGUAGCAGCGACUUUGAUGAACAUACUUGAAGAUGUCUCUGAAAAAAAAAAAGCUUAUUUCGUUGAUCUAUUUGUAAGAGUAAGCAAUAAGGUUGCAAUUAAUAUGUACAAGAACCUGGGAUAUAUUGUAUAUAGAACAGUAUUGGAAUAUUAUUCAGGAGAUCCAGAUGAAGAUGCUUACGAUAUGAGAAAAGCCUGUUCAAGAGAUGUUAAUAAAAAAUCUGUUAUACCUUUAUCACAUCCAGUACGGCCUGAAGAUGUGGACUAA